AGUCCCGGAGCGUGCGGCUCGGGCGUCCGGAUGCGGAUCUGUGCUCGCGGUCUGGGGCCGUGCGCGGGGGUGGCGGGGGUCGCGGUGCCAUGGUUCUGAGCCCGGUGAUCGGGAAGCUGCUGCACAAGCGCGUGGUGUUGGCCAGCGCCUCCCCGCGCCGCCGGGAGAUCCUCAGCCAAGCGGGUCUCAGGUUCGAGGUGGUUCCGUCCAGGUUCAAAGAGAAGCUCGAUAAAGCCGCCUUCGCCACCCCUUAUGCUUACGCCAUCGAAACAGCGAAGCAGAAGGCCUUGGAGGUGGCCUCCAGAAUGCACCAGAAAGACCUCCGGGCCCCCGACGUCGUCAUCGGAGCCGACACCAUCGUGACGAUCGGGGGGCUGAUUCUGGAGAAGCCAGCGGACAAGCAAGACGCGUACAGGAUGCUCUCCAGGUUGAACGGGAAGGAGCACAGCGUGUUCACGGGCGUCGCCAUCAUCCACUGCUGCAGCGAAGACGGCCAGCUGGACACGGACGUGUGCGAGUUCCACGAGGAGACCACGGUGAAGUUCUCGGAGUUGUCCGAGGACCUUCUGUGGGAGUACAUCGACAGCGGGGAGCCCAUGGACAAGGCUGGCGGCUAUGGGAUCCAGGCCCUGGGCGGCAUGCUGGUGGAGUACGUCCGUGGGGACUUCCUCAAUGUCGUGGGCUUCCCGCUGAACCACUUCUGCAAGAAGCUGGUGGAGCUGUACUGCCCGCCCCACCGCGAGGACGUGCAGCGGGUCAAGCACGACUCCAUUCCAGCCGUGGACACCUUCGAGAUCGCGAGCGAGGCUGCUCAGGGGGACGAGGGCUGCGGCCCCAGCAGGGCAGGGGUGCACGGUCACACCGGACAGGCUCCUGCUGGCCCCCAGGGCCCAGACACGAAUGGGCUGGUGGAGAACCCGCCCCCCUUCCCGUCAGACCUUCUAGACCUCAUAGACGGCUUUAAAGCAUCCAAGGCUCUGUUCACGGCUUGCAAACUGAAGGUGUUUGAUGUCCUGAAAGAGGAAGGCCCCCUGAAGGCGGUGGAUGUUGCACGCAAACUUAACGCCUCUGUGUGUGGAACUGGACGGCUCCUGGAUGUCUGUGUGGCCCUGGGAUUACUGGAGAAGACAGACACAGGUAAGGGGACAUGCGAACCCCUCGUGGCCGCUGGACAUGGAGCGCGCCGACAGCGUCCGGGCGGAGAACACGCUGUCCGAGCGCGCGUGGCGGCAGCCGGCGGGGAGGCGCCCGUAGCCCAAGUAGAGCCGCAGGCGCAGCUGGAACUCGCGGGACGCGAAGUAGUACACGAAGGGGUCCAGGCAGUUGUUGAGGCAGCUGAGGCACAGGGUCAGCUUGUACACGUGGUAGUAGGUCCUGCCCAGGAACAGGCGGUUGACCACGUGCACCAGCAGCACGAAGUUGUUGGGCGCGAAGCAGGUGACGAAGGCCAGCAGCACCACGGCGGCCAGCGCCACGGCGCGGCGCCGCUGCCCCCGGCUGUGCGGGUCGCUGGUGCGCAGCAGCGUCAGGAUGGUGGCCGUGUAGCAGGCCACGGUGACCAGGAAGGGGAUGAGGAACAGCACGAUGAACAGCGUGAAGAGGAACAUGGCCCACAUGGCCACGCUGGGCAGCAUGGUGGACUUGAGCACGUCGAAGCAGGUGACGAUGCCCAGCGCCUCGACGGUGUAGGUGAGGUCGGUGCGCGCCAGCGGGGACAGGGCGGCCAGCAGCAGCAGCCACAGCCCGGCGCACGCGGCCACGGCGUAGCGGCGCCGGCGCCAGCGCGCGGACGCCAGCGGGUACACCACGCCCAGGAAGCGCUCCACGCUGAUGCACGUCAUGGUCAGGAUGGACGAGUACAUGUUGGCGUAGAAGGCCACGGUGACGGCGUUGCACAGCAGCUCGCCGAACACCCAGUGGUUGCCGUUGCAGUGGUAAUAGAUCUGGAAGGGCAGCACGCUGGCCAGCAUCAGGUCCGUGACGCUCAGGUUGAUCAUGAAGAUGACGGACGGGGACGUGGGCCCGAUGUGGCAGCACAGCACCCAGAGCGAGAACAGGUUUCCGGGGAUGCUGACCAGCGCCACCAGCGAGUAGACGACGGGCAGGACCACGGCGAUGGUCGGGUCCCGCAGCAUGAGGAUCGUGGCGUUGUCCGGGCGGCUGUGACUGUUGGCUCCCAGUCUGAUCCUGGGACGGAAAGCCCAGCGGCGUCCCCGCUGCUCCCAGCGACCUGCGUCUCCCCGAGGGCGGCUGGCCUGGGCACGGGCCGCUUGCCGACCCGGCACUCGCGACCGCCGUGGCCCGGCCCGGGGGCCGACGCGCCAUGGGACCCGGGGUUAGGAAUGGACCGUGUUGGGGUUGGGGACACGGCAUUUCUCGGAGCGGGGCGGGAGCGGCGCGGCCCUGUGUCCGCGCCAUGGAGCGCCAGCCCUGGUGUCCCCGACUCCCGACGUCUCCCGUUCCAACCAGGUGACUUUUUCAAGGACGACCUCCCGGACGCACAGCUGUACGUCCUUUCCAGAAUUCUCCACGGCUGGGCGGACGACAGAGUGCACGAGCUACUGAGCCGGGUGUCCCGCAGCUGCAAGCCAGGCGGUGGCCUCCUGGUGGUUGAAACGGCCCUGGACGAGCGGCGAGCGGCCCGGGCCAGCCUGCCGGCGGCCUUGAACGCGCUGGUGCGGGCCCAGGGCAGGGAGCGCAGCCUGGCCGAAUACCGCAGCCUGCUGGGGCAGCACGGGUUCCGGGACGUGCAGGUGGCGCAGGCGGGGGACAGGCUGGACGUGGUUCUGGGCACCAGAGCGUCGUCGGCGCCCUGAGGCUGCCAGCGCGUGACGCUCUCCCAGGAGGCUGAUGGGGCGGGGGGGGGGGGGGGGGGG